AUGGUUGCGUAUCUGGAACGCACAGAAACCCGGAAGUACCCGUGUGCAGACGAAACUGAGUGCAGUAAAUAGAUUUCUACUUGUGGGAAAUCUUUAGUGGGAGAGAGUUGGAAGAUGCAUUUUAGAAUUGAACAUCAGUGGAACAGUCAACCUGUUGCACAUGAACCAGUGACAAUCUCUCUUAAACCUGGGGACAAUGGUCUGCAGAUGGAUAUAAAUGCACCCUUUUUUAAUGACCCUCCUGCACCACCUGGACCUCCUGGGCAGCCUUUUCCAGGGCUUUGGGACUAUGAAGUGGUGGAAGCAUUUUUCUUAAACAGUGAAAAGGAACAAUACUUAGAAGUCGAGAUUUGCCCGCACGGGCAGCAUUUGGUCUUGCUUCUUUCAAAACGUAGAAAUAUUUGGAAAGUAAGUGAGGAUAAGGAAUGUCUUCCUUUGUCUCUACAAGUGUUUAAGACAGAUACAAAAUGGGAAGGCAGUGUACUUCUUCCAUGGGAUUAUUUUCCUCCUUCAGUAGAUCAAUUUAAUGCCUAUGCAAUUCAUGGCUCAGAUUCCAAGAGAACAUAUGAAGCACUUUAUCCUGUGCCUCAAGAUGCAUUGAAAGAAGGGCAACAGCCUGAUUUUCACCGCUUGGAGUACUUCAGACCUUUUAGUUUCUGCACAUUGAUGGGUAAAAAUUGGAAACAGCCUGAGUCCUGCCUCUGGAAAAUAUAACAUGGUGUGAAGAUCUAUCUUUAUGCUUUAAAUACCUUCUAAUUAUUUUAAUCAGUUUCAUUUCAGAUUUACCACGUAGAAAUCAUUAACAGGCAUAUAACUAUUUCUUUUCUUUUAGCAUGUUAAAGCUUUAAACUCAGCCAGCUGUAAAAAUAAAAUAACACGACUUAGCAUAUUGUUUUAAAUGAGAUUUAUUUAUGUGUAAAACACUCAAAUCCUAAAUACAGGCAGCAUUAAGAGAAAUACUAUGCAAAGGUAACAUAACUGCAAAAAUAAUAAUCAGAGCUAUAACAUGAAUCAUCUCUAAUACUCUCUCUGGUGAAUAUAUGUAAUAAUAUAUUUUGGAAUAUAUUACUGUAAUAAUAAAACAUACAUGAAAAGUCAGAAUAAAAGCCUGUAUAUUAAAAUGUAUGGUAAAUUAUAAAAUACAAAAAAUAACUGGUGGAGUUAUUUGUAAACACAGCUAAAAUUAAUUUGCAUUAAGGAAUUAAAGGAGUUGUUCACCUUCAGAUUAACUUCUAGUAUAAUGAAGUGAAAAUUUGAGAAAAUUUGCAAUUUAACUUAAUUUAAGUUUGGUAUUUCAGCAGCUAUCUGGUUGCUAGGGUCUUAUUUUUCCUAGCAACCAGGCAGAGGUUUGAGUGAGAGACUCACUGGUAUAGGAGGGGCACUAAACAGGACCAUAAGUAAUAAUAAAAGUAAGCAUAAAAUUAAAAUUGUAAGCUCACAGAGCAUUAGUUUUUUUGGCUGCUGGGGUCAGCGACCCUCAUUUGAAAACCGAGGUAGAAGAAGAAGGCAAAUAACUAAAACUAAAAAAGAAUAAAUAAUGAAAACCAACUGCAAAGUUGCUAGGCACAGGCAAGGCCGUAUUUCCUAUAUAGGCACCUAUAGGUUCCUAUGCAGCAAAUACAAACUUUCCUUUAAAAAAAACUCGCCACUGCCAGAUAUUUCCCUGGUAAAUCUUGCGGUGGUGGAGUGGCAUGCUGAGGUCUGGUGCCAAGAGCGGCACCGGGCCAAAAUACAGCAUUUGGGAUGCCUAGAGCGGCACUGGGCCAAAUUACAGCAUUGGGGGUGCCUAGAGCGGCACCGGCCAAAAUACAGCCUUUGGGGUGCCUAGAGCGGCACCGGGCCAAAAUACAGCAUUGGACAUUCUAUAACAUACCAAAAGAUAAAGUAAAGUUGAAACACCUCUUAAUUUCGUGAAUAGUGUCAUCAAUCAAAAAGUGCACCAAUUUUGGCUUUUUUUACAUUUUAUUUUUUAUGGAGAAAGGCAGAAGUGCAAGCAGACUUUCAUAGCAGCGUAUGACUUCUUUAUUAUCUUUUUUUUUUUUUUUCUACCUCCACUUUUCUAAAAGAAAACACAUAUCAACAUUCAGGUUCUUUUAAAUGUAUUCAUAGUAAUCAUAAUCUUGUCAAGUCUUUCUUUUUGGUUUUCUGUUUCAGGUAUAUAUGUUCAUUACGCAUAAUUUCAGAGAAAUUUUGUAGCUGACGAAAAUGCAUAUUGAUGGCUGUUUAAUUUUUAAUGUUGCAGAGAUGCAGUUGUACAUUAAAUUCAAAUUACAUUUAUGAUAUAUUGAAAAAUAAUUUUUUCAUGGAAUAACACAUUUUCAUUUUCUGCAAUUCUUUUAUUUUAUCUUAAUUAAUAAAUGAUUCGUGUAAUUCAAAUUUUAGAACAUGAA